AUGUCCCCUCAGUCCCUUGCCGUCCCAGCGGCCCCUCCGCCGGCCGACGACGAUCAACUCGCCAUCAGCUUUUGGAGGAAACGAUACGACAAGAGGCCUCUUUCGGCAAAUUCUAUAAUUGCCAACCUUGACAUCGAAUACAACGAACUUGCUACAACCUGGAAAAUCUUCCAGGAUAACCUUCCACCCGAAGAUCAAAUUAAAUUCGACCAUCGCGCCCAAACCUCCGACGAUGUUUUGGCAGUCAUACAGAGUGUGCAGAAUAUCUGGAUGUCCAGUUCCAAACAACGAUUGUUUACGGCCUCGAUGAAAUAUUGCCAGAAAUUUCGGGACACCUUGGAACUGCAUACCGUGCUUCUGAACGCCCUUCCGAAGAACGAAUACUAUAUAUCCCUCUUCUACGGGGCCUUACAGUCGCUUAUAAAGGCGUCUGCGAAUUACCCGAGAAUCGUGGAGGGUCUCAUGAGGGCCCUCUUCAAACUGAACAAAUCGAUCAAGCCGCUCGGAGAGGAUGAAACCGGCCAAGCCGGCCUCUCGAAGGACUCGAUUCUUCAUAUCGCCCGGUUCUAUUCUAUGACCUUUUUCAUGUUGGGGGAGAUAAUGGAUUGGUAUGUGCGCACAUUGAAGUGUCGUCUAUUGACGAGUCUGAACCACGACCUGUACUCGGACCUUAGCGGGCUUCUUUCGAGGAUUAAGCGCAGAGCCAAGGAUAUCAUGCGUGCAAUCCCUGAUGAAAUGGACCUGGACGAAGAGGACAGCAACAAAUCACGCAAGCCGCCUAUCCAGGAUUUCAAACUGUGGGAGAAUGCGAGAUUCAGCCAGGUGGGCCUGCAAAAGCAGGCUCGUCGGUAUGCAGCUCAAAAUGCCAUAACCCGUCAGUUAAUAUGGGAGAUACAAAACAAUGCAUGCGAGCGUCUCAGCAUGAUGGCCGAGAGAGAGAAGCUCCUUUCGAACAUGUUGGAGAGAGCCAACCAGCGGAUGCGCCCCGUGAGCCAGCAGAGUAGUGGCAUUGCCUGCUUGACCACUACUGCUGCGCAGGACUUAGACACUUCCAGGUUCAAAUGGUCCCAAGGGUUCAAGCAUAAGUAUACCCGGAUUGAGCUGCAGGUCGCCUCAAAACACCUGCAGGAUUUCUUCGACUGUGACGAUCAGGUAGCCGAUCUUGAAUCGGACGUGCAAGUGACUGCGGAAGACAGUCUGACGGACUCUUUGCGUCACUGGGCCACUAAUUGCCAUUCCCAGGUCCUCGCCGUGGGAGGCUCUCCGUCCGCGAGUUUCGUGAGCCCGGUUGCCCUCAUCUCCGCCUGCAUCGCCAAUUUCGCCCGUCAAGCUAAAUUGCCUGUCAUCUCCCACUUCUGCUCCCUGCCGACCAAAGUAAGAGACGGAAUGACCCAGUGCGAACAAAGCCUCAUCGCGUUGGCGUACAGUUUAAUCCGACAACUGAUCGAUUGUCUGCCACCUGUAUUAGAAGGCCAUGCGGCUUGCAACCUGAGCACGGAGCGAUUCAGUCCCUUGAACGGCACUCUAACCUCUUGGAAAGAGGUGCUGUCGUUGAUCGAUAUACUCUUGCAUUACGCCCCGCCGCUCGUCGUAUGUGUGAUCGAUGGUUUGGAUAAGAUUCAAGAUGCAUCAACCGAUCAGCAUAUUCGGUCUCUAGUCCGAACUCUCCUCACUCACACUCGACAUCAGACUGUUCAGAUGCCGAACGGCACUGAGAGCCAAAGUGUUUUGUUGAAGGUCUUGUUCACCGUGGCGGGACGACCGAGCUCGCUGGUGGAUACGCUGUCUGAGAAUCGACUUAUACUGAGUGAAUCGAACACAACCGACGAGGUGGCCGCCGUGGACCAAGCUCUAAACCCCGACGUUGGGGUCGUUAUGAUGAAUGCAUGA